UGAAGCGGGGCAGAGGGGGAGUCUGCAGGGUCCAAAAUACACAGGAGCUGCGAAUCAGAAACUCCGCAGACCUGCGCAACUUUCUAACAAGUACCAUUUGGCUUUUUAAUUCUACUUUCGACUUGAUUCAGGUCGCUGCAAAGAUGACCACAGCCGUGGUAACGCCUUUCUUCGACUUCGAAGCAAUGAACAAGAACAAAUUGCUCAGCUACAACAACAACCUGGGCAGCCCUCACCCCAUGUCUGUUCCUUGCACUGGCACAAAUGUGCCAAUCUCCAAUUCCGCCGGAGCCCUGCUGGACAGGAAGGCGGUUGGCUCUCCCUCAGUGGGAGGUGUGUACCAGCGGCGGCACUCUGUCAGCAGCACAAAGUUCAGCCAGAACCAGUUUCUGAACACCCUGAAGACAGCGGACCACUCCUCGCUCAUCUCAGGGGUUGGCAAUGCCAGCAGCAACAAGGAAAACCGCCUGCGAGACCGCUCCUUCUCUGAGACAGGUGAGAGGCUCAUCAACAAGUGCCUAAGCCCUGCCAGCCCUACUUGUGGCAGCAGCCAAGUGAACUCCAGCCGUUACAAGACAGAGCUUUGCAGACCCUUUGAGGAGAACGGUUCCUGCAAAUAUGGUGACAAAUGUCAGUUUGCCCAUGGAAUCCAUGAACUGCGCAGCCUGAGCCGCCAUCCCAAAUACAAAACUGAGCUGUGCCGCACCUUCCAUACCAUUGGUUUCUGCCCAUACGGGCCUCGUUGCCAUUUCAUCCACAAUGCUGAGGAGCGCCGUGGACCCCCCCAGCAGGCCUCCCCUCUAAAUGCUUCAAACAAGAUGGAGAGGCCCCGCCUGCAGCACAGUUACAGCUUUGCUGGGUUCUCCAGCUCAGCUGGGCUGAGAGACAGCCCCACCUCAGUCACCCCUCCACCCAUGUUCUUCCCUGAUGAGGUCCCCGAAUGGCCUAGCAGUAACCCCUUCACCUACUCCAGCCAGGAGCUGGCCAACCUGUUUGGGCCCAGCCUCAGUGCCGGUCCUGUAGGCACAGAGCCCAGCACCCCUGCACCUCCCUCUCCAACCAGCACGUCUUACUUUUUCAGGCCCAUGUUGGAGUCGCCUCAUAUGUUCGAUCCUCCAUCCAGCCCUCCAGACUCUCUGUCAGACCAAGAAGGCUACCAGAGCAGCUCUGGUGGCAGCCUGAGUGGCUCUGAGUCCCCGACGCUGGACACCACCCGCCGUCUUCCCAUCUUCAGCCGCCUCUCCAUCUCUGACUAGACUGCAUGCAUCCACCAGUGAAUUAAGUUUGAUGACACAAAGAGAACAUGGCACUCCCCUCUACCUCUGUCCUUUCCUUAAGCUUCCCUGUCCACCCCAUACACAAGACACUGUUAGUUCCUUGUCCAUGGUAAGGAUGCAAUCAAUUAAGGGAACUUGACUCAAGAUCAUUUCAUUGCAGUAAAUCAGCACAUAAAAAAUGAUGCCAUGUGUCAUAGUGCCAAAUGAGGAGAGGAAAUUGAACAAUGAAAAUCAUGAGAACAAAAAUUGACUGUUUAUCCAGGUGCCACUUGUUUUUUUUCCCCCUUUAUUCUUUAUUUGUUCUUGAAUGUGUAGCAGUACAAGUGGCCUUGGAAAGGGGAGUGCAUUGCACUAGCCCCCUGCCCCCUGCCUUCCCUUAUCUCCCCUUUCCCUCCCUGAUGAUACCACUUCCCCUGAGCUAGCUAGACGGUGCUCACUAAUGUAACUGUAGGUCUACCGCAGACGUUUUUACACAGUUGAGACAUAAAUUUAAAAAAAUAAAAAAAAAAAGAUAACAGACCCUGAAAAUGUAUGAAUAGUUUUAAAGUGCCUGGGGAGGUUUCUGCAUGUGUUGAGGGUGAACGGACUGCUGUUUUGUUUUUUUGUUUGUUUUUUUUUUUCCAUUUUCCCCUGCCCCCUGUCACGGUUCUUCUCCAGCCUAUCUUAAGUAAUUGAACCGGGUGAGUCUGCAGGAAGGACUUUGAACUGGAAGUUGGUUAUGUCUCCCAAUCCCUUCUUGAGUUUUCUUCCUCCUGUUGCUGGUCACUGGCUCUUUGUUUUUGUUUUUUUUUGUUUUGUUUUGUUUGGGGGGGGGGGGGUCUUGAUAUCAAACUGAUUAUUAAACCUGUAUAACGUUUUCCUGCCCCCACCUCUCUUCAUCCUUGCUGAUCUGGGGAAUUCCAGCUUUCCCAUGGUGCAGUUGUACAUCCUACGACUUAAGAGGUCGGAUCUUCAAGCUAUUUUACUUUACUCUUCCCCCACUUUGCAACAUGCUCCAUGGAGCACUCUGUACUCAUUACAUCCCUUUGCUUUCAUUAUCUGAUAAUUACUUUUUAUUAAUGUUAUUAUUACGGUUAUUAUUAUUUGAGAAACUUUCCAGACAGAAGGUUUGCGUGUCACUGCUUAUUUAACUUAUCAGAACAUAUUUAUUGGUGAUCAUAUGCAUUUUUUGUUAAUUUUGUUUUUGUAUUUAUCUGGAUAAUGAACAAUAGAAUAUAUUUUCUUUUAUGUUAAAUUAUGAUCUUCCAUAUUAAUCUAAAGAUUGUGAAGACGUUUUUGUCAGUUUUUCCUUUUUUCACAGUUUAAUAUAUUGUACUUCAAUGACUUGUUCUGCAACUACACUUUGUCAAAAAUGAAACUAAUUUAAAGCAAAAAAAAAAAUGCAAAAAAAAGAUGUUUUGCGUUUUGAUUAUUUAUUGUACUUUUUUUUUUUUCUUACUCCCUCUCAUUGGACUGCAAAUCCAUCUAAACUAGACUUGCUUGUAUUCAUUCCUCAUGUGCCCCCUCCACACUUUACAAUAACCUGACAGCCACAGUUGCUGUUAUCACAUUAAUUCAACUCCCUCAUUUUGUUUUUUUUCCUCAGUGCUUGUCCCCACUUUGAAGAGAAGUAUUUUCAUAGUACUUCAUAUGAUGGGAGUUGAUGUAACCAUAUUAACAAAGAAAUGAAAAACAACCCCUUGCAUCUUUGUUUAGGAGUCUGAGUUGGAGGACUGGCUGUGUUAAAGUGUUUUCUGGCAGUAAUGUUCUUGCACCCAGUCUGUUCUUACAAGCAACAGCUGUGACCAAAUGGCUUGAGGAAAGUAUAUUUUCUUUUAAUUUGAUUGGAUGCUUGAUGCACUUGCUCGGCCCCCUUGUGACCAGUGAAAGUGCCUUGUUGUAUACAUUCCAGGUAGCUAAGGCUUUUCGGCCUUUUUAUAUUUGAUAAUGGAGGACCAUUUUAAAGUCACGUGUUCUAUGUUGCCUUCAUGUGUUUGGAGUUGAACAGACACAGACAGAAACUGUUGAAUGUAUUUUUUUUUUUUUCCCCCAGCCAUGUGUUUUCACUACAGUAAUUUCUGUGAGCUUAUAUGAAAACCUGUUUUUGUUUUUUUUUUCUUUUUUCCCUCUCUUUUUGUAAGUAUUGAUUGCAGUUAAGUCAAUAAAACCCCAUAUUUUUGGAAAAGCUAAA